AAAGUUACAUGUUCAGCGACACCGUUCCUCUAAAAGCCGGCCCCUCAAGCACGCAUCACCGAAUCAAAUAGCUGUUGAGUCUGUUUUCUUGAUUUCAAAACCAAGAAGACCACAGGCAUCAAAAGUACUCAUCAGUUCCCACGAACAUUGUAAGAUCUGCAUCAAAUUCCUCUCUUUCAUGUCAUGUCAUGUCCCUUCUCACGAGUUUCAAGGCCUUGAAAGAAAUCCUUAAACCCUGCUCAAAUCUUUCAACAACAUCAUCAUCAUCAUCAUCAUCAUCAUCCUCUUCUUUAACACAGCCAUCAUUCUCCCAAGAACCAGAACCAGCACUAACCAUCUCAAGAAAGCCACCAAAAUCCUCUCUUUCAAAGCAACUCCAACGUCUUGGAGAACCUUUUCGUCCUUCAUCACAACAUAAUGACUCACUAAAUGCAAGAACUCAACAACCCCAGAAUUCACAGGGGCUUAGAAAUGAAGCCCAAGUUGUGAAAUUUGAAGGUAGGCAGGAAGAAGAGGAGAGGGAGAGGGAGUUUGAGGAUCUUGGGAGAACUAAAUUGGGUCAGUUUCAGUUUGAACAUACUGGACCCUUUGAGCCACUAGUCCUUUCUUUGCUUGGAGAGGUUCCUGUCAUACGGGUUCCUGCUUCUAUUAACUGCAGGUUGCUUGAACAUCAAAGGGAGGGAGUAAAAUUUUUAUAUAAGCUAUACCUAGACAACCAUGGAGGUGUUCUUGGUGAUGACAUGGGACUCGGCAAGACCAUUCAGACAAUUGCUUUCCUGGCUGCUAUCUUCGGAAAAGAUGAAGAAUCCGGUGAGUCCAUAACAUUAAAGGGAAACCAGGUAGGUAAAAAAGGUCCUGUCCUUAUAAUUUGCCCCACUUCUGUCAUCCACAAUUGGGAAAGUGAAUUCUCUAGAUGGGCCAGCUUUAGUGUUUCUCUUUACCAUGGGACAAACCGUGAUUUGAUACUUGAGAAACUAAAAGCAGGUGGAGUUGAGAUACUGAUUACCAGUUUUGACACGUACAGAAUUCAUGGCAACAUUUUGUCAGAGGUGGAUUGGGAGGUUGUGAUUGUUGAUGAGGCGCAUCGGCUUAAAAAUGAAAAGUCAAAAUUAUAUCUAGCAUGUUUAGAAAUUAAAACGAGAAGACGUAUUGGUCUCACAGGAACUGUUAUGCAGAAUAAAAUUAUGGAGCUUUUUAAUCUCCUUGAUUGGGUUGCUCCCAGGUCUCUGGGAUCAAGAGAACACUUUCGAGAGUUUUAUGAUGAACCUCUCAAGCAUGGCCAAAGGUCAACUGCACCUGAAAGUUUUGUCCGGAAAGCUGAUAAGCGCAAAGAGCACCUAGUGUCAGUUCUUCAUAAGUACAUGCUUAGAAGGACAAAGGAGGAGACCAUUGGACAUCUUAUGAUGGGAAAGGAAGACAAUGUUGUGUUCUGUUCCAUGAGUGAAUUGCAAAAGCGGGUUUAUAGGAGCAUGUUGCAACUGCCAGAUAUCCAGUGCCUUGUAAAUAAGGAUCUUCCAUGUAGUUGUGGCAGCCCUCUAAAACAGGUGGAAUGCUGCAAAAGAAUUGUGCCAGAUGGAAUUAUAUGGCCCUACCUUCAUAGGGAUAACCCUGAAGGUUGUGAUUCGUGCCCCUAUUGCCUUGUUCUUCCUUGCCUUGUGAAACUCCAACAGAUAAGCAAUCACCUCGAGCUGAUUAAGCCUAACCCUAGGGAUGAACCGGAUAAACAGAAGAAGGAUGCAGAGUUUGCCUCUGCUGUCUUUGGUGCUGAUGUAGAUUUGGUGGGAGGAAAUGCCCAAAGUGAAAAUUUCAUGGGCUUGAGCGAUGUCAAACAUUGUGGGAAAAUGCAAGCAUUAGAAAAGUUAAUGUUUUCCUGGGCUUCACGAGGUGACAAAAUUCUUCUCUUCAGCUAUUCUGUCAGGAUGCUGGACAUACUGGAAAAAUUUCUGAUACGCAAAGGGCAUAGCUUCUUGAGACUUGAUGGUUCUACUCCAACUAACUUGCGUCAAUCUUUGGUUGAUGACUUCAACUCUAGUCCAAGCAAGCAGGUGUUCCUUAUAUCAACUCGAGCUGGUGGGCUUGGAUUGAAUCUUGUCAGCGCAAAUCGCGUAGUUAUAUUUGAUCCAAACUGGAAUCCUGCCCAAGACUUGCAGGCCCAAGACAGGUCAUUUCGUUUUGGACAGAAGCGGCAUGUUGUGGUUUUCCGCCUUCUUGCAGCUGGUUCUUUUGAGGAACUUGUUUAUUCCCGUCAAGUGUACAAACAGCAGCUGUCAAAUAUUGCUGUUUCAGGGAAGAUAGAAAACCGGUAUUUUGAAGGCGUUCAGGAUUGCAAAGAAUUUCAGGGUGAGCUUUUUGGUAUCUGCAAUCUGUUCCGUGAUCUAUCUGAUAAGCUUUUUACCAGUGAAAUCAUUGAACUACAUGAGAAACAGGGAAAGGGUGAUGGACAAUGCUCUACUACAAUGCAAGAGUUGCCUGAACUUGGGACCUGUUUCCUUCAUCCUGACCAAGCAGCUGUCACAACUUCAUCAGCAUGUGAAACCAGUGGCAAUGGGGAUCAUGAGAGAGUUACGGGGAAGAAACCUGUUCUUGAAGAGUUAGGUAUUCUUUACACUCAUCGGAACGAGGACAUUGUCAAUAUUGGACCUGGAAUUAGAAAGAACACAGAAGAAAGCAUCCCUGGUAAAGAUAGCAUAAACGACCCUCCCGUUAAGCGGCGAAGGAAACCAGGUGAUGUAGGUGUUAAAAGGAAUGAUUUGCCAUCCAAGGAUUGGAAAAAGAUCCAAUAUAGUCUCCUUGCUCAGUUCGUGGGAAUGGGGGAGGUUGAAUUUAGCAAAUGGGUUCUAUCAGCAACCCCUUCAGAGAGAGAGAAUGUGCUUCGGGACUCCAAGAAGAGGAAGGAGGAGAUGCCUGAUGGUUGAAAAUAGCAAAAUAGCUUCGCUUGUAAAUUUCUACUCUCUGCAUAUUUUAGCAAUAUUGUACAGGUAGAUAGAUGUAAAGGAAGCAAAAGAUGGUGGGAAGUGAAAAGGCAUUGUUUCAUUUCUGCCCUCUGUAUUAGCUGUUAGGUUGCCAUCAAUUAAAUAUAUUA